AUGGUCAAACUUUCAACACUAGAUGCUACCAUUGAACAAUUUUCUCCCUCACGCAUUGCUUAUGUGAUAACAUGUAAUGCUAAGCCUUUUUGUUGGGCAAUUGGAGCAUUCUGGAGUUGUGUUGUCACAGUUGGCAAUGUUUUUAGGCAUAUUGAUGAUGUGGCAGUGGUUUUUGAUGGUUUGAGCAGUAGAGCAUACAGAGACAAGAUUUCUAUGCAUCAGAGGCUUUAUGAUUGUUGGAUUACUCUGAAAGAGCUAGCAGUGAAGAAUGAUUACAUACCCCCUACUACAGACAUCAUAAAGACAACAGAGAUGAAGAAGUGCAAAGAUGAUGCUAAGGCAAUAAUUGCACUUAUAGGGUCCCUUGUGAACAAUGAAUUUGCUAGAGUGAUCGGUUGCACAACAUCAAAGGAGAUUUGGGACAAACUUAAAAAUAUCCAUGAGGGAGAUGAUAAAAUUAGAGAGGCAAAGCUGCAACAUCACAGGAACAUAUUUGAAGGGUUGAAGAUGUUUGAGGCAGAGACAGUUGAACAGUUCAUGAGCAGGGUAAACAAAAUCAUCAACUCCAUUAGAGGAUUAGGUGAAGAAUUGAAGGAUACAGUAGUAGUGAAGAAAAUAUUGAGAUCUUUACCUGAAUUAUACAACCCGAGCGCGUCUGCCUUAGAAGAGUUAAAAAAUUUGAACACCUUGAGCGUGGAUGAGUUGCAUGGAACUUUAAUGGCUUAUGAGAUUAGAAUAGUCAAGUCCAAACCAAUAGAGAAGGAAGCCACAUUUAAACCCAUGAAGAAACUAAAAAUUAAGGAAGAUAGUGAAGAUGAUCAAGAUUCUAAUGAUGAGUUAAUAGCCUACUUGGCUAGGAAACUCAAGAGAGGAGGAUGCAAAUAUAAGGGAAAACUUUCCUUGAAAUGUUUUGACUGUGGAGGAAUUGAUCACUUUGCUUCAAAGUGUCCCAAGAAAGGUAAGGUUAUAGAUUUUGAUGAUUAA